AAAUGCUCUAAAAAAUGGAAGAAGUGAUUGAAGUAAUAAAUAUUAGGUUCAACAUGAAGAAUUCUGCCUUCAUUUUCAAGCCUUGCUGUAUAAUUCGAAUAUUUUAUAAAUAGUUUGUAAGACUAAACAUGAAUGAGUACCAGGAAAAUAUUAAAUACUUAAUUCAAAGACCAAAAACACCAGUGAUCAAACCCGCAAUGCAUCGUUCAAUCUUUAACAAAUCGAUACAGAGAGAAUUCAAAUUAAAUAAAGGCUGUCACCAAACUAUGGGCUAUGCUGAAGUCAAAGUCAACGGACCGUGCCAGUUUUUAAAAAAAAAUACCAGAAAAGUGAUUAGACCAUUUGUUGAUAAUACUAAAACAACUAUCAAAAAUCCAGUUCGCUAUCCAUGUGGCCCUAAUAAGCCAUCACCAAAAAAAGAAAUCUCGAAAAAUUUUCUACGUGAAAACAUUGUCGACGUGGUAAGAAGGGUGCCACUGUUGCCAAAACAUCGGGUACAAGACAGUCGGAAAGGACAUAUAAUAGUUUUGAACGAAGCCGGCCUAGAGCCGACGUACGUGUUGAAAAAGGAUUUUGGAAAAUUACCUUUAUACAUUGAGAAAAUUUUCAAAAAAAACGAGACCGUCAGGCUGGUGGAGAUCGAACGAACACAGGCGAUCAAGCCGCCGUUACGUCGUUUGCCCGAAGAAGAGUGUUAUGAGUUAUUAACCGGACUGAAGACCAAUUGGGCUGAAUUGAAUAGACAAUUUUUGUUGUUGCCGAUGCUCACGGAUACAGUGACGAAAAUCAAAAGGAAAACCAAUUUAGAAAAUCAAUUAGGAAGCUUAGAAAAAGAUAUCACCUUGUUGGAAAAGUAUUCUGCCUUAUACGUGUGUAAUGAUGACGUGUAAGCUGAGUCAUUUUCUUAAGAUGUAUCUGCAAGCUUACAUAUUAUUGCCUAGGUACCCAGCUUUUAUGAAAUGUCAUGUUCGUUUUGUCGUCUGCAGUUAUAGUAAUAGCUAGGUAUACGCUGAAAUUUACUUACUGCACGAUAUCGUAUACUUAUCUUUAAUUCGGUAACUUGGUAUAAUAAAUAUAUACGAAGUCGAAAACAAAGAUUUUACAUUAUUAAAAUGUAUAUAAUUAAAUACAAAUAAUAUUAAUUAUUGAAUUCCUCCAUAUUACGAAUUUUUUUUGCUGCUUAUUCGACUUCGUUUCGUAACGACGGAAGUUUCAUUGUAUUAAUAAUGUUUUAAUUUAUUAGACAUGGUCAGUUAUAUAACUCAAAGAUAGUCUUAAUAACUGUAGUAGUUCCUUAAAUUUAAUGAUAUUUAAAAAUCAAUCCCAAUAGAAAACAUUUUAUAAAAAACAGUAUAUAAUAUAGAACAGAACUUAAAAAUCGUGAUCGUUUAAGAUAAUUACUUAGGUUCAGACAUAAUGAAACUCGAUAUUAAUUUAUGCAUUGUGAUUCUAAUACUAUACUAUAAAAAUACUGUAAUACACAUAAAGUAAAUAUAGCUUAUAUAUACAUAUAAUUAUGUGGUAUUUAUAAGCAAUGUAUCUAUAAAACAAAUAAGUAAAAUGUUGACGAUUGAGUAGAGAGACUUUAGGUGCCUUGGUUGAGAUAACUAGUUUAUAGAUCUCUCACGAAUCUGUUAAUGAUUAAUAUUAAUUAGUCUUAUACUACUGCCUUUCAAUCAUAAAAACACUCAACUACGCAGUGAAUUGCUAAAAAGUACCACUGUGCCAGAGUAGUAGAGUUUUGGAAAAAGAGGUUGUCAGCUCACAAUAAUCAAAAGUGCCACAUAGGCGAACAUCAGAGGGGAGUGACUAUAGGGAGGCUUAGCUAUAAAUUUAAAUAUUAUUUGGAAUGAUAUUAUUAAUGUUAUUUGUUUUAAUUAUUUAUCUAAUGUAGUAUUAAUUAAACAUCACAAAAUAUUUAAACCAACAAAUGGACCGAAAAAUCUUUAAUAUUCCUAAAUUUGGUAAGUCAAAGUUUUAGUUCCGGCCAUAUAUGGUAUGGGUUGCGACAAUGAAUGGUUAGAUAAUAUGAUGAUAAUAAAGAAAAAUACAAAGAUUACGAAUUACGAAAAUCGCACAAGUUUUGUCUUCGACAGUUUUGUGAU